AAUAAAAUGCCUGUGCGAAAAUAUCGUCAUGAAACUCGAGAAGUCAGUUGUUGUAUGAAAUAUUUGUUGUUUGUGUGUAACACAUUGCUAUGGAUGACGGGUCUAAUCAUUUUGGCUGCUGGUGUCUGGGCCUGGAAUGAAAAAGAUGCUUUUAGCAAUCAAUUUAAGCUGACGCUGCUGGUCUUAGAUCCUGCCUUUGUUUUGAUUUGUACGGGUAGUGUGGCAUUUCUGAUUGGAUUUACGGGCAGUGUUGGAGCCUUAAGGGAAAACACCUGUUUGCUGGGGACGUUUAUAAUGCUAAUGUGUGUCCUGUUGAUUGUGGAAGUGUGUUUCGGGGUCCUGUAUUUAGUACUCAAGGAUAAAGGCUGGAUUAAAGACCAAGCCACCGAAGGUCUGCGUGCCUUCAUCAUCCACUAUCGCGAAGAUCCCGAUCAACAAAAUCUCAUCGAUUGGAUCCAAGAAGAUUGGCUCCAAUGCUGCGGUAUUGAGGGUCCCAAAGAUUGGGAUAGUAAUAAUUAUUUCAAUUGUUCGUCGAGUGCCAUUGGCAGUCGUGAGGCAUGUGGUGUUCCAUUUUCAUGCUGCCGUCGUCAACCCCAUGAGCUGAUUAAGAAUAAGCAAUGUGGCUAUGAUGUACGCAAGGAAGGCUAUAGUUUUGAAAUUGCCAAAAUAAUUUACGAUAAGGGCUGUGUUCAAGCCGGCGAAGAAUGGAUGGAAAGAAAUUUGAUUUUAAUUUCGACCAGUGCAAUUAUAGCAAUUUUCUUUCAGAUUUUAUUUGUCAUAUUCACACAAAAUCUUCGUGCAGAUAUUAAUGCACAAAAAUCUAAAUGGCACUGACAAUUGACCAAUGGCGUC